UUUUUGGUUUUUAUUUCUCCUUCUCGGCUGUCGGCCAAUCUCACCAAGCUCUCCGGCUCCCGGAGAAGUCCACGGAUCUCUAGAUCUAGGGUUUUUGUUGUUGUUAUCCGUCGGAGAUCUAGAUCCGGGGCGGAGGUGGAUGGCGGCGGCGACGGCAGCACGGCGGCUUAGGGAGCUGCAGGCACAGCCAGGGAACAAGACGUGCGUGGAUUGCUCCCAAAAGAACCCGCAAUGGGCUUCGGUGUCCUACGGCGUGUUCAUGUGCCUCGAGUGCUCCGGCAAGCACCGUGGCCUCGGCGUGCACAUCAGUUUCGUCCGCUCCGUCACCAUGGACUCAUGGUCUGAGAUCCAGCUUAAGAAGAUGGAGGCCGGAGGUAAUGAUCGCCUUAAUGCCUUCCUCUCUGGUUAUGGCAUCGCCAAGGAGACCGACAUCGUCACCAAGUACAACACCAAUGCCGCUGGGGUGUAUAGAGAUCGGAUCCAGGCGCUCGCAGAGGGUCGGGCAUGGAGGGAUCCUCCCGUUGUCAAAGAGACUGUAAAAUCAGGUGGCAAGCCGCCGUUGAGCAGUAGCGGUGCGGCCAAGAAUGGUGGAUGGGAUAGCUGGGAUAACGAUGAUUUCCGGUCAUCGGACAUGAGGAGGAACCAGUCGGUUGGGGAUUUUAGGGCAGGGACCGGGGGAGGUGGGAGUGGCGGGCAGCCAUCGAGAUCCAGAUCCACGGAGGAUAUCUACACAAGGGCGCAGCUCGAGGCGUCGGCUGCUAAUAAGGAGAGCUUCUUCUCCAGAAAGUUGGCGGAGAAUAAUUCACGACCUGAAGGAGUUCCACCCUCUCAAGGAGGGAAGUAUGUUGGGUUUGGAUCAACGCCGCCACCAUCCGCACAGGGAAGCAGUUCGCAGGGCGAUAUGUUCUCUGUUGUUUCUCAGGGUUUUGGUCGACUAUCCUUGGUUGCAGCUUCUGCUGCUCAGUCAGCUGCAAAUGUUGUCCAAGCAGGCACGAAGGAGAUAACAUCUAAGGUGAAAGAGGGUGGCUAUGAUCAUAAGGUGAAUGAAACUGUAAAUGUGGUGACUACCAAAACUACUGAAAUUGGGCAGAAAACGUGGGGAAUUAUGAAAGGUGUGAUGGCAAUGGCCUCACAAAAGGUUGAAGAGUUCACCAAGGAAGGUUCUGACUGGAAAGGGAAUGAUUGGCAGCGGAAUGAAACACAAAGAAACGGGCACUAUCAGGAGUUUGGCCAGAACAGCAAGGGUUGGAAUCCAUCAGAAGAAGAUACAAUCAGACCCUACAAUUCAGUCAGCUCCUGGGACGAUUGGGGUGAGAAGGGAAAAGAAGAGCCAACCAAGAAGAGCUCACAAGGUGUAGACAGCUGGGCAGGCUGGGAUGAUGCAAAAGAAGAAGGAAAUGAUUACUACACCCAUAGCUCGUCUAACAACAAGGGUGUCACUCAUAAUGGUAAAACAGGUUCCUUGUGGACAGAAGGUGGCUUCCUUUAAUUGUAAUUGCUUCAGUUUUUUUGGUUAUUUUGGUCAUCUUAUUAUAUAGAUAUAUGAAAAUGUUGAAGGAUUUUGAGUUUCGCUCUUAAAUAUUUGUUCUGUAUCACGUCUGUAUCAGUAUGACAGUAAUCUUAUCUUGCAACUUAAUAACUGUUAAUUAAAUCUAUUCAUUUGAGCUUA